AUGUUAGAGGCAGAGAUAGCUUUUAUUGACGACGUGAGCCAAUUGACUCGAUUCUCAGAAGAGAUGCUGCGCUACGUAGCUCGCACCCUUCAAAACAGUGGGUUCGAUGAAUUUUCUGAGGAGACUAAACAACGUUGGGACAUGCUGGCAAAUGGCACUUACACUCAAAUCACUUACUCAGAAGCUAUAGAUCUCGUGCGCCAAAAUUCAACCAACUUCAAGACAGUUCCAAUGUGGGGAGACAGCCUGGGCUCUGAGCACGAAAAGUGGCUUGCUGGCGAAUAUUAUAAGGGCCCUGUGUUCGUGACGAACUAUCCUGAAGACCAAAAACCUUUUUACAUGAAAAAAAACAAUGAUGGUAAAACCGUGGCUUGUUACGAUUUGCUGAUUCCACAAAUUGGAGAGCUAAUUGGCGGUUCUUUGAGAGAGCAUGAUCUGCAAAAAUUGGAGCAGGAGACUGCUGACCGGCAAAUGGAUAUUGGUCCGCUACAAUGGUACCUUAACCUCAGAAAGAACGGAAGCGUGCCACAUGGAGGGUUUGGCAUGGGUUUUGAAAGAUUACUCCAAUAUAUGAGUGGAGCUGAGAAUAUACGCGACACCAUCCCAUUUCCUAGAACAACAAAUCAUUGUGCAUGUUAG